UCAGGCGCCCGGAGCUCCGAGCCGCCGCGUUCCUGCCCCGCGCCCCGAGCUGCCGGCGCAUUCGAGGAGGACAAGACCUAGCAGGCGGCGGCCCCGGGCCGGCGGACAGCGCGGGGCCAUGGCCGAGGCGGCGGCGGCCCCGACUUCUGAGUGGGAUUCUGAGUGCCUGGCGUCCCUGCAGCCCCUUCCUCUCCCCACGCCCCCAGCAGCAAACGAUGCCCACCUGCAGACAGCAGCCAUCUCCCUGUGGACGGUGGUGGCAGCCGUGCAGGCCAUAGAGAGAAAGGUGGAUGUCCACAGCCGGCGACUCCUGCACCUGGAAGGGCGGACAGGGACAGCAGAGAAGAAGUUAGCCAGCUGUGAAAAGACAGUGGCCGAGCUUGGGAGCCAGCUGGAGGGCAAGUGGGCCGUGCUGGGGACUCUGCUGCAGGAGUACGGGCUGCUGCAGCGGCGGCUAGAGAACAUGGAAAACCUGCUACGCAACAGAAACUUCUGGAUCCUGCGGCUGCCCCCGGGUAUUAAAGGAGAUAUCCCAAAGGUACCUGUGACAUUCGAUGACAUCUCCAUCUUCUUUUCUACUCCAGAGUGGGAAAAAUUAGAAGAAUGGCAAAAGGAACUGUACAAGAAUAUCAUGAAGGGCAACUACGAGUCUCUCGUCUCCAUGGAUUAUGCCAUGAAUCAACCUGAUGUCUUAUCUCAGAUUCAACCAGAAGGAGAACAUAACCCAGGGGGCCAGGCGGGGCCAGAGGAAAGUCAGAUUCCCACAGACCCCAGCGAAGAACCUGGUAUUUCGACAUCAGAUAUUCUCUCUUGGAUCAAACAAGAGGAGGAGCCUCAGGCUGGGGCCCCGCAGGAGUCCAAGGAGAGUGACCUGUACUCAAGUGCCUAUGUGGAGGAGGGGCUGGCGGUCAAAGCCGAAGACCUUGCUGGCGCACCUCUGUGCCCUGAGGUCCCUGUCACCUUCCCCUCUCCUUCAGCAGCCGCGGCAAAGGACGCCUUCCCAGAUCUGACUUUCAAAGGCCAGCAGUCCGCACCCAUGACACCCUUCGGACGUCCAGCCGCUGACCUGACUGAAGCCUCUGAGGGACCGGUGACUUUCACCCAGUUGGGGAGCUACCCCCUGCCGCCGCCCCCUGGGGAGCAGGUGUUCUCAAGCCACCACUGCGGCAAGAGCCUCAGCCGGGACACGCUGCCGACCCACGAGUGCAGCCAUGCGGGGGAAUGCCCCCCACCCUGCACCCCAUGCCCCAAGCACUUUCCGCAGCCGGCUAGCCUCGGUGGUGCCUCCCAGGACCCUGCCCGCGAGCCGCCCCCCACUUGCCCACAUUGCGCCCGGACCUUCACUCACCCGUCUCGGCUCACCUCCCACCUCCGGGUGCACAGCAGUGCCGAGCGACCCUUCCCCUGCCCCGACUGCCCCAAGCGCUUUGCUGACCAGGCCCGGCUCACCAGCCACCGCCGGGCCCACGCCAGCGAGAGGCCCUUCCGCUGCCCCCAGUGUGGCCGGAGCUUUAGCCUCAAGAUCAGCCUCCUCCUGCACCAGCGGGGUCACGCCCAGGAGCGGCCCUUCUCCUGCCCCCAAUGUGGCAUCGACUUCAACGGCCACUCGGCCCUGAUCCGCCACCAGAUGAUACACACGGGCGAGCGGCCCUACCCGUGCGCCGACUGCAGUAAGAGCUUCAUGCGCAAGGAGCACCUACUGAACCACCAGCGGCUGCACACGGGCGAGCGGCCCUUCCCGUGCGCGCUCUGCGGCAAGAGCUUCAUCCGCAAGCACCACCUGCUGAAGCACCAGCGAAUCCACACGGGCGAGCGGCCCUACCCCUGCGCCCACUGCGGCCGGAGCUUCCGCUACAAACAGACCCUCAAGGACCACCUGCGCUCGGGCCACUGUGGCGGCUGUGCGGGUGAUGGUGACCGGUCCUCACGGCCGCCUGACCCCCCUGGGCCCCUCAUAACUGAGCCGGAGACUCCUGGCCUGGGUGUUAACACUGCGGGUCUAGAGGCCAGCCACUGGUAUGGGGACGGGAGUGGAGGGGGCGGUUUGUGACCCUGUCGUUUCAUGGCUCCCUAAGCUUACAGCAGGCAGGAAGUCCGCGAGAAAGCCCAUGAGCCUCCUGCCCUGCAUUGGUGAUUACCUGGCACAUCGGUGAAUUGGAGGUCUUGUGCUUCUGACAGGAUGGGCGUGAGUUCUCUCACCACGUUGCAGGAACACUACAUUUUGAAGCCCAGAGAGACCUGGAAAGGAGCCAGCCCGAUGUCCCCCAUCUUUUCAGAGGUAUCACACGAGGAGAUGUGCUGGUGUUGUAGAGAGGCUGAAAAGGAAGAUGUGGCCACUGGUGAUUCAUCACAGGAUGACAGGCUGGUGAUAGAUGGCGACUCUAGGUAGAGACUGGUACAUGAGGAGGGCCUCCAGAGCUCGAGGCCCAUCAUGAGAUGUGAGAACCACUAACUAAAGCCUUUCUGUAAUUCCUUGAUAGGUUAGGUGGCUGCUGGAAGAAGGUGCUCAUUAAGCCACUUUUUAUGUGACUUCCACGCUUCUCUUGAUUCCAGCUAAGAUCUGCUCACAAACCUGUGUAGCUGCCUUUCCCUAAAACAUGAUAAUUCAAAACUAUCUUCCUAAGUUUCCUAGGUUAAUUCUUCUAACACAUUUUGUUUAAUAUUGGGUGAACAAGAAGUCUGACUUUCAAAGCUUUUUAAGGAGAGCAGCUCUUUACUUUCACUGGCUUGAUUUGAAGCAUUCAGGCUCUUCGCUGGCAUUUAAACUUCUAGAUACCUUUGCCAAGGUUCUGGUUAAGAAAUGGGUUAAGAAAAUGUUCUCAGCCUCAGCUUUAAAAGCUAGAGAUUCCAGAGAAAUAGCUGGCGUGUCACUGACUUAACAGCCUAAAACUUGUCUGAAAGGUGUUUCUUAGAGUCAUUUAUAUCCAAUUCUUACCUUUUCCAUGCCAGUAAGUUGGCUUUUCCAUUCCUGAUGUCCGAUAUUCUUGACAGCCAUCAGCAGAAAAGAUCACAGAACUUUCCAGAAGCGGUAUGGAGUUUCAGAGAGCACUGGUAGACUCUCAGCUUCCACUUCCUAGGUAGUGAGUUGAUAACAGUGUGAAGACCUGUGCAUAGACAAGGACAGGCUGUUGCUGCUCGUCUUGCUUUUAGGGACCUUGGCUGCCAUGUGUUCUUCUGUCAGGGUCAUUCAGUCACCUGGGAACAUCUGAGCCUGGUCCUACUCCCAGGUGACUUUGUGACUGGGUAUAAGUCCCUUUCCCUUUACUGAGCUCACAUUUUCAUCUUCAAAAGGAGGCUGUUGAAGGGGAAAAAGCGAGCCUCUGGAAACUAAAAAAAUAAAAUCAUCUUGUGAUACAUUCCUUUUCUUGCCAAAAUCCUGUCUAUAUCUCUGGCUUCUAUCCAGGCAAAACCAAAUAAAACAGCAAAAUCAAAGCAGAGAAGUUCUUGCACAAACUUGACUGAAAUCAUUUUGAUUUGUUGUUUUGCUUCAAGCCUGAGGGAGAAGACAGGAAGAACAGGCAGAAGCCCUAAGUCGUGGGCAGAAAGGCUGUUUAUUCCUGCGCCCCUUUUUUUCUCUUGAGUCUUCCUGAGAUGCCUGGAGCCAGGCCCGUGAGGUUUUCGACAGGACACUUUUGAUGGAGUGGUGAGGGAGGCACUCUUUCUCAUCACCUGGCCCCGCCUUCACCCACCUAACUGCGUAACCAGCCUGGGAAGAAGUGCUGCCCUUGGCUGGCUUUGCUCCGGGAAUGCUCUGUCUGAACAUGCUGCUCUUUAGGAUAAUCGUAGAGCAUCUGCUACGUGCUAUUCACAGUACCAGAAACCAUGGAAGACAUAGACGUGUGAGGCCUGGCCUGCUGUCAUAACUUACACUCUGAGGUGAUGGAAGAAGCCCAAGGGUAUAGAACAAACCAAGACAGAUGAAGGGCAGAACCCCAGCAUAUUAGGAUUAAAAGCUUUCUAGCCAAAAUCUAAACCCUCACCAUGGGAAAACUCGGGGGUUCUGGGAAUCCCAAAGGCGGGGUUCCGGCCUAAUGGGUGACUUACUAGGAACUUGAGUGUUAGACUCAGCCCUGGUGCACCUUGAUUACCCUCAUGAAAAUGGAGACAAAUGAAAGCGCUCACCAGCUGGCCAGUCCGUUUUCUGAAGGGAUUCAAAUGUGUCAGUGUGUGCGGGAGGAGGAAUUCCUGUACCAGGUGUGGUGAUGGACUAGACAACAUCUAAAAUUCCUUUUCACUCAGCGCUUAUCAGUGGAAAAGACCUGUGGGUAAAAUGUUGCAGGUAAUUUCUGUACCCAUUCUGGAAGGAACUGUAGCCAGCAGGGAGCCAAACUUUGGCAAAGAGUGAACACAGCUCAAAUAUCCAUCUUUUAAGUAAGAACCGUGAAGCUGAAUGACAGGGAAUGUGCAGGCCACCCCAGAAACACGGAGGUAGAUGUUGACCCUAAUCCUCAGCCCUGGGACAAACCAGGGCGUUCAGCUCUGAUGAUUCUGUUCUCCGUACCCUACACUGAUCCCCACCAGGUGGAAUUCCAGGCCAGCUCUAAAGAGAGAUUAAGAUUCAAAGGUGUAUACGUACAAUGGAUCAAUGAGAGAGAAGCUAAGCUCCCACUGAAAAGUUCAGCAUGGAGAAGAACCUCUUGGCCCAUCAAGGGCUCCUGAGAGAAACUGUGUGUUUAACUCUGGAGCUGAAGAAAUACCAGAGGAAGGUUUUCAUGACCAUGCAAGAUAGGAAAGAGGAAAACCCAGACAUGGGCUUUUCCCCAGUCUGCCUCUGGGCUGAGAAGUCAGCUUUAUCACGUCUCGACCUCUUUGAGCGUUGGAGUGACCAGCGGAUCCCGGUGUGGAACGUAACCAGAUCCGCUCUGCCCACAAAGGCCUCCGUUGGCACCAUUGAAUGAACCUCUGGUUCAGCCACAGAACUAAAUGGAAGGUGACUGCUUGUACAGAAAGUAGAAGGCGGCAACUCUCAUCCUAUUCUGCUGGCUUGACGCUAGAAACACCUGAGCUGGGCUCUAGCCAGAGCGGUGCUCCACAUGACGUCCCUCAACGUUAAUCAGGAAGUCUGCGGAGUCCCCACCGGGGGGCUCUGCUGGGCUUCUCUUCAGAGCACGUUGAAGAGGUGUGGGUGUCUGUGCUCAUCUCAGCCAGCACCUUACCCUCCGGAAUAUUGGGGAGGAACAGUCACUGUCUCAGUGUGCAGAAGCCUUGUGAAUAAAAAGGACCUAAGAUCUCAAAUACUUCCUCAGCUCACAUUCCUCUUGAGAAGAGGCAGACCCUCCCCUCCCAAUCUAUCUUAGCCUCUUAGACAAUAAAAAAACAACUUCAGCGUCUGCCUGAGGACUGCUCAGGAGCAAUGAGUAAAAGCCUUUAAAAAAAAAAAAAGAAAAACUCUUAGGAAGAGGACCUCUGAUAUCAUUGUGUGUGUUAUGUGUGCUUGGUGGGUGCCUAUGACCCUGUUCUCUUCACUCUAGUUCUUGUCACCAAGGAAGUGGCCACUACUUGUCAUAGGAUUUAUACACAGGGCCAUUCUUCAUCUUGGGAUGUGUGUCGGGGAGCACAUAGGGUCUUCACAUAAGGAUGUGCCUGGGUUAGUACAGCCAAAUGGUUACAAGCAUAGACUCAAGUUGGACCUAGAUUCAAAUCCUGGCUUCAUCACUGGCUGCAUAACUGGUGUGUUACUUAACCCCCUUAGUUUCCUUGCCUGUAAAAUAGGGGUAAUACCUAUGUUGCAGAGGUGUUAGGGCUUAGAAGGAAACCCAUGUAAGGUGUUGAGCACAGAGGCCAACACGUAGAUGGUGCCCAGUAUGGUGGCUGCCAGGAAAGAUUUUACAGGACCAAGCAGGGAGAAGGUGGUAAGACUAAGCUGAAUUCCAAGUGGAAAGUAUCAAGAAACAGGCCACUCCACGAAGCGGCUCCUCCCUGGCUUGUUGACCACGAUUGCUUGAUGUCUCAGCUCUUUACCUCCUGUCAUUGUUUGCGUCCAUUUAGUGCCCUCUUACUCUGUCUCUUCUGUACUUCACGGUUCCCUAGCUGUGUGUGUGCCAUGAUGACACUGUGGCUCCGACACUCUGCUUUUCUUAGUUAAGAUUCUGAGGAAGAACUGACCCAGCUCCUCUUUCUAUAUCAGACCACAGAAAGGUCGGCUACCCUGGGAGGGGGCUACUAACAGGUCUUGUAAAAGCGGUAAUUUGCCACUUUCCUCCCUUUCUUGUAAUUUCCUCCCUUUCUUGCCCCAGCUUCUCUUUCAAUGAGUAGCCCUGGCCACGAUCACACACACACACAGAGAAUUAAUGUGUGUCAACUUGGUCAGUUAAAUAGCUUCAAAACAAUUACUUUAACCCUAAAACCACCCAUCACCAAAGAGGGCAGAUGGCUACAGCCCAGUCAGAGAAGCCUUACAAGCAGGCGGCUGCAAUGAUCUAAAGAUUGCCAGGUUACGUUUCAAAUAAAAUGUUAGCUAAAAACUCAGGUUAUGUGGCUUUGUGUUUGUUUACUAGCAAAGCCAGAAUUCACUGUAGAAUCUUGAUAGAUUUAAAAAUUAAGCUACCCAGGAGUGGGCCAUGUGCUGCCAGGCACAGUGUGCUUUGUAAGUAGUGGUCUGUGGGAGACUUCGAGUAGGAUGGAGUACAGGAUUCUGGCCCGACCUUAGCAUCCACACUCAAUUUAGGGCCAACCACCCAACUUUUUCUGAUACUAAUGUGAAGAUCAAACAGUUGUGGAAUUUAAGAUUCUACUUCCUGGGUCAUGUUUUCCUUGUCUUGUUUCUCCUGAUUCUGCCCUACUGAGUGAUUGCUCCAACAUGGCAGAGUAAGCACCUUGGAGAGAUGUGUGUUAUUACGGAAUAAAAAGUUCCAUUCUAACCAUAAUUGCUCCAAAACUACAAACAGAAAUUUCUAGCAAGACUAUAAAAUUUUUAUCUUAAAUGUUUAUGCAGUAUACCUUUGCAUUUUUUAAAUUUUGUUUAUUUUGUUGAGAAUAUAUACAGCAAAACCUACGCUAAUUCAACAGUUUCUACAUGUACCACUCAGUGACUGAUUACAUUCUUUGAGUUGUGCAACCAUUCUCACUUUUUCCGAGUUGUUCCUCACCCACUGACAUAAAUUCACUACGCUUUAAAGUUCUUAUCUAGUCUUUCAAAUUGUGGUUGACAGUUUGAUUCCAUAUAGAUGUUAAAAGAGCAUAAUGCUCAAUAUAGACAUUAUAAACUAUUGUUUGGUUUUAAGAAGACUUCAGGGGAUAUUUUGAUUUAAAGUUUAAAGAUUAUCUCAGGGCAAUAGUUUUAGGGUUCAUCCAGCCUUCAUGGCUCCAGAAGGUCUGGAGUCCAGGAGAAUUUGCAAUUCUGUUCUGCGUUUUCCCCCUUUUGAUCAGGACUCUAUAGACUCCUUGGUCAAAGCGUUUAGUAAUGGUAGCCGAGCACCAUGCAGUUCUUCUGGUCUCAUGGUAAAGGAUGCAGGCAUUCAUGGAUGUUAUUAGCCACACAUUGCAUUUCCUUCUAUUCCUGACACCCUUUCUUCUUCUGUUGCUCCAGGCGAGUAGACCAAUUGUUGUGCCCUGGGUGGCCGCUUGCAAGCUUUUAAGACCCCAGGCACUACUGAACGAAUUAGGAGGUAGAACAGAAGCGCUAAACAAGUUAUUAGGCCAAUUAGCUGGGAUGUCCCAUGAAACCAUGACCCUAAAUCUCCAAACCAAGAAACAAAUCCCAUGAGGAUUUUGGUUGUACAUAAGCAGCCUUGGCAGCUACUUUUUUUUUUUUUUUUUGUCAUUAUUGUAAAUAUGUCUAUCACACAACUUUUGCCAAUUCAACUUUUUACAGGUGUAGAUUGCAUUUUUUUAAGGAUAGGGAAAUAAAAGGAAAACACAUCAAAAUAACAAUGAUUGUGGAUAGUGGGGUCAUUCAGUGUUUUUUUUUCCCUGUACGUUUUGUAUAAUGAAAUACCAAUAACAAGUUGCUAUCUAGACAAUUUCAACUCAGCGAUCUUAUGUGUGUAAGAAAGCUGUGUGCUCCACAGGGUUUUCAGGGGCUGGUUUUCCAGAAGUAUCAGGCCUUCUGAGGCACUCUGGGUGCACUCACACCUCCAGCCUUCCGUUAGUAGCCAAAUGUAACCAUUCGUGCCACCCAGGGACUCCAUGUAAUGAAAUAACACUACUUAAAAUGUGAUUGUAAUGCUUUUCAUAAGAAUAAGGAUUAUUAUAAUGAAAAGGUUCUUGAAUGGACUUAAGGAGGCAGGGUUCUAAACUUGCUCCCGUUUUUUCACCUGUAGUCUGAGCAUAGUACCUGCUUUACCUGAUUGACGUAGGUGUUGUAAGGAUUAAAUGAGCAGAGAUAGUUCAAAGUGCUUGGAUUCUGUUUGGGGUGAUGAAAAAGUUUUGGAAAUAAAUAGUAGGGAUUGUUGCAAUUUUUUUUAAAAAGUGCUUUGAAGCAUAUAUUGCAGGCGUAAGAAGAAAGCGUUGAUGUACUGGAUACAGGAGAAAUACUUGCCGGCCAGUUAGACAGUUUCCUGGAUGUUGGUGCUUCUCUUCAUCCAAACUGGGCAGUAGUCGUUUCCGCACUUGCACUUUGCUUGCCUGUGCUGGGGAGGAGCUUGCUCAGACUGCAAUCUGGGGAGCAGCGGGAGGGGCAGGAUUACGUUGCGGGCAGAGGUUGAAAGCAAAAUUUAGUGUGUAAGAUACCAGGUCGACCUGUAUAACGUGUUAACUUCUACCACAACUUGGGUAAGACAGCCAAUUUGGUGUAUCUAUAUGGAGAAUUAUGACAGGGUCAGGAAGGCAGGCACGUUACUGGAGAGGUCAGGUUAAACAAGCAAAAUUCAAAAUUAAGGAUGUACAUACAGCUACGUAUAUCAAGUCAGUUCUUAGCCUUGAGGUUAUGAUUUUUUAAUCGUUAAAAAAAAUCUACAAGGCAACUUCAGUGAGUAAACAAUAGGAUAAAAACAAUGAGAAUAUUAAAACAUACUUCUGUUAUUAACCAAGAAGUGGUAACUUAGGGUUUUCAUUUCCCCGGGGUGAUCUUGCGGGCCUGAGACAGGACAUGAGGGUUAAAAGGAAGGCCUGUGCGCCGGCUUGUUCUCAUAACCUUGCUGAACAUUAGAUUGCCCUGGGGGCUUAAAAAGUAUCCUUGCCAGAGCCCACUUUGGUAUAAUUUAAAUGGGGCCUGGGUUUUUUUAAAACCCGGCCCCCACCUCCCACCCCGCCAGCCCCAGGUGACUCUGGUGUGCCUGCAGGUUUAGAAGAGCAGAGAGAGAGUGAAUUAUUGGACUGCAGAUGGCUAGUUGGCUUUACUGGAGCAGGAAGCCUUGGGCUGGCGAUUAUAAAGGGUCUUUGAAUGCACCUUGGAAAGACAUAGUUCGAUUCUAGAGGCAGGACUUGGGAACAAAGAAGGCUAUGGACUGAUAGUCGAGGAAGUUCUGACUGAUGUCAGUAGUGAAGUGAGAGGAUCUAGAGGCAAUGGGAGAAGCAGUGUGCAGGUCAGCUGUGCUCAGUGCAGCUGUGUCCAGACACCUGGUGUAUCAAGUGCUGGCAAGACACUGGUAAGCAUGAUGACAAUGAUGCCUGGUGCCUGCUGUGUCCAGGGACCUGGUAUAUCAAGUGCUGGCAGCACGUCGGUCAGCACUGAUGACAGUGGUACCUGGUGCCUACACUGUAGACCUUCCUAACCUCAUGGCUAGUGUCUCCCCGUAAGAGCAGAAUAUGCUGAAGAACAAAAGGGCACCUUAGUGAUAUUGCCAGCUUGGAUUUGACAAUAAUAUGCAGUUUUAAUGUUGCAUUUGGAAAAAUCAGUAUUAUUCUGCAAGAGCACCAGACUUGAUGUUGAAUGAGUUUUGAACAUUUUUAGUCAUGAAAUCCACACUUAUAAGUUCAGAAGAUUCAAAAGAACAUACUGCAAUUAUUAUCAACAUAAAACCUGUCUUCUGCAUAGAGUUUCAGAGCCCCAGAUUUCCGUCAUGUUAUUUACUCAGUCACCCAAGCAAUUACGUAUUUAUUGGGAGACUGAGAAAGGUACUAUGGGGUCAUUAAAAUGGGAAAGAAGCCAGUGAGCGUCACUCAUGCAGUAUCAGUGCUUAUAAAGAAGAUGAAGAAAUGCCUCAUUGAAGCUGUUGGCUCCGACUCAUAAGGACUCCGUGUACGACGGGAUGAAAUGCUGCCUGGUCGUGCACUAUCUGAUUGAAAAAGGCUAAGGAUAAACUUGGAAGCACUAGCGGCACAGUGGUUAAGCACUCAGCUGCUAACCAAAAAGUUAGUGGCUCAAACCCACCAGCUGCUCCACAGGAAAAGAUGUGGCAGUCUGCUUCCGUAAAGGUUCCCAAAAAAAAAAAAAAAAAAAAACCAAAC